AUGCAAGUGGAGAGACAGCCCUUCCGAAGCGAGUCCGACUGUCUACUAUGCUGCCUCAACUUCUGCAUCGGGCUGAGCAACGUGGCCACCUUCCCCUAUCUCGUCUACGACAAUGGAGGACUCGUGUUCCUGGCGGUGUACCUACUGCUGCUCUGCACUCUAAGCGCGCCAAUGCUGUACCUGGAGAUGUUCCUAGGACAGUUCUGCGGAUGGUCUGUGCCAAAGGCCUUCGACGGAUUCCCCAUGGCGAGAGGAUUGGGCUGGACGAUGUUGUUCGGCAACCUGUUACUGGCGCUGUUCCACAUACAGGUGGUUGCCUAUUGCUGGGUGUACAUGACAGCGUCAUUGUCACCGGUGCUUCCAUGGAGCGCCUGUGGCGAACGCGACACAGAAACCCUCAGCUGUUACGAGAAGAAACACAGCGCACAUCUGUGCUCCAUGGUGAACGAGACGUUGGCCCGGGAGUAUUUAUCGAAGAACUACACCGGCGACAGGGUCAUCGUGAUUCAUGCAGGCAGAAUCCGACUUCCGGUGAACGUGCCCAUCGCCGAAUACGAAGCCAUGCGUAACAGCUGCAUCGACGGCAACGUGUCUGCGGCAAGGUCCUUCUACGAGACUGCCAUAAAGAUAGCCGCUGUGGACAUGCUCUUUGGCCUUUUCGCUGGCUUCUUCGUGUUCGCCCUGUAUGGACACCUGGCUGACGCAUUCGACGAGGACAUCGCCGACAUCGUCACUUCGGGAAUGGACUACUUGUUCGUGACAUUUCCCGAGACCAUAGACACGCUACCCAACAGGCGACUUUGGGCACUCGCUUUUUACGUGCUCGUCUCUACCAGUGCUCUCGGUCCUGAGCUCUGUACGUUUGGAGCCUUUGUCGGCAGCCUGGCGGAUUUGCACCCCGCACUGAGCAAGAGCCCCAUGACAUGGGCGUUCGUCACCUGCACGGUGGCUAUGGUGGCCAGUUUGCCACUUUCUUUGCGGGGCAUCGGUAUAGAAAUUCGCGAAUUCAUAGAGACGUUCAUCUACGGCGACCUGCUCCCGUGGAUUGGUUUCUCAGAAGUCGUCGUCGUCAUGUUCGCCUAUGGUAAGCGUGCUGUGAGCUUUAUGGUCCAGUAA